AUGUUUCGACAAAUUCGCGUCAAUGAAGAACAUCAAAAUUUGCAACGAAUUUUAUGGCGUGAAAAUAUUCAUGACAAAAUUAAAUGUUUUAAUUUAUCUACAGUUACUUAUGGAACUGCUUGUGCGCCAUAUUUGGCUAUUCGUUGUCUGAAUCAACUCGUAUUAGAUGAGGGAGAGAGCUUUCCUUUAGCUUCACGCGCUGUCCAACACGAUUGCUACGUGGAUGAUAUUAUUUCGGGUGCAAAUUCAUUAGAAGAGGCAAUAAAGUUAAAGGAGGAACUAAUACAACUUUUUAAUCGUGGCAAUUUUCAAUUGCAUAAAUGGACUGCUAACAACAGUAGCAUUAUUGAUUCCGUUCCCUUACAAAAUCUCGAAACGAAUGCGUUCAAUUUAACCGAUAAUAAAAAUAUAAUUAAGGCUUUGGGUUUACUGUGGGACCCCAAGAAAGAUGUAUUUCAAAUCUCUUCAAAUGCUUCAAUUCCAUCAUCACAAAGAACAAAGCGCGCCAUUUUAUCAUCUAUUGCCAAAAUUUUCGACCCUCUUGGCCUUAUUUCGCCUUGUGUAGUUUUAGCUAAAUUAAUAAUGCAAGAUAUAUGGCAGCUAAAAACCGAUUGGGAUGAAGUUGUUGAUAGCACUAUUAUGAACCGUUGGCUCGAUUUUGAAAAUAAUAUAAUACACAUACAAAAUAUAAUCAUUCCGCGUCCGUUAUUUGAAUUAGACAAAAUUGAUCGGAUUGAAAUUCGUGGUUUUUGCGAUGCCUCCAUGAAAGCUUACGGAGCUUGUUUAUACAUUAAAACUAAUUAUCAUAAUAGGAAGCCUACAGUACGCUUAUUAUGCUCAAAAUCUAGAGUGGCUCCGCUUAAAUCGAUAACCUUACCUCGGCUUGAACUCUGCGCUGCACUAUUGUUAACAAGAUUAUACAAAAAUACCGUUAAGUCUUUGAAUUUCAAAGUAGAUAAUAAUUAUUUUUGGAGUAAUUCAAGUAUUACCUUGUGUUGGAUCAUCACGCGGCCAGAAAAAUUAAAACAGUUUGUAGGAAACAGAGUAGCGGAAAUACAAACUCUUAAUAAUAUAAUAUGGCGACAUGUACCGACAACGGACAAUCCGGCCGAUUUCAUUUCGCGCGGUAUUUACGGUCAUAAGUUAAUAAACAUGGACUUGUGGUGGUAUGGUCUAGCAUGGCUUAAAUUUGAAACUGACUCCUGGCCGUCAAUUUUUAAAGUAACGGAUAAUAUCAAUUUUGAAGUUCCCGAACAAACAAUUCAAAGAAAAAUAAAUACUUGUGCACAGAGGAUGGACGACAUGUUCCUACGAUUUUCUUGUUUUAAUAAACUCCAACGCGUAAUGGCUUAUUGUAUUAGGUUUAUUAAAAACUGCAAGAAUACGACUGUCGGACCGCUGACAGUAACCGAAUUACAAGAAUCAUUACACCAUAUUGUUAAAAUCGUUCAAAAACAAAAUUUUGAACACAUUCUCAAAUAUUUGAACAGCGGGUCUGCUUUUUUAGGAUUAAAUCUAGAUCUAGAGUCUAUUACGCGUUGGGGUCGAAUACAAAUGGCAAACAUAGAAUAUGAACAAAAGUUUCCAUUGUUAUUACCAGCCGAUAAUCAUUUAACAAAUUUAAUUUUAAAACGAGAACAUGUCUGUUUUUUGCAUGUCGGUCCACAGACCGUGUUUUGGCCAAUCAAAGGUAGAAUCGCAAUAAAACGUAUAAUCAAAAAUUGUGUGCGCUGCUUUCGUUUUAAUUCUACUAGUUCUCAGCAGAUAAUGGGAAAUCUAACAAUUGAACGAGUAACCAUAGCUCGUCCUUUUUUAAAUGCCGGAGUAGACUAUGCAGGCCCAAUCAAUUUGCGUACAAGUCGGCUACGAAAAGCACCGCAAAUGAAGGGCUACAUAGCACUUUUUAUUUGUUUUAGUACAAAAGCCAUACAUCUGGAACUAGUUACCAGUUUGACAACCGACGCAUUUAUAGCUGCUUUGAAACGUUUUAUCUCGCGCAGAGGCAAAUGCAGUAAAAAUUUUUCUGACACUGGUACAAAUUUCAUAGGCGCUAGGCACGAGUUACAUAAACUGUAUAAUUUGUUUAAAAAUGAGCAUAGCAGAAACGAGGUGAUUAACGAGGCUGCCGUAGAGGGCAUUGAGUGGAAAUUUAAUCCACCCAACGCACCACACUUUGGUGGUUUGUGGGAAAGCGCGGUAAAAUUAAUUAAGCAUCAUUUGCGAAAAGUAGUGGGAGAAACUUGUCUAACUUACGAAGAAUUUUCCACGGUUUUAACCCAAAUAGAAGCAAUAGUUAAUUCAAGGCCAAUUACAAGUGUUUUUGAUGAUAGUAAUGAACCCACGUUUUUAAGUCCCGGACAUUUUUUGAUAGGUGAAGCACUUACCGCAUUUCCGGAACCCAGCUUAAUCGACGUGACGUUAAGUAGAUUAUCACUUUGGCAACAACUUAAUCAAUUAAAAGAUAAAUUUUGGAAACGUUGGUCCAUAGAGUAUCUCGGUCAGCUUCAGAGUCGUUACAAAUGGAAAACUUCCUCAAAAAAUUUCAAAAUAGACGACAUAGUUCUUUUAAAGGAAGAUAAUUUACCUCCAUUAAGCUGGUUACCGGGUCGCGUUAUAGGCAUUGCAAUCCGCAAAGUUAAAAAUGUGAGAGUAGCUACAGUAAAAGCAAAAAAUGGCAUAUUUAUAAGGCCAAUUGUUAAAUUGUGCCCCUUACCGGUAGGAGAUGUAGAAUAG